UAAAUCUUAAUUACCUUUAACCACUUUAUAUAUAUAUUUUUAAAAAGUUCCCGAUUUGAUUAAAAAAAAAAAAAAAGGAAGAUUCAUUACUUUUUUCUACAUAUGAUUAUUUUUUAAACUAUAUUCCUGGAGGAUAUAUCCGUAUAGUAAAUCCAUUUUUCAUAAUUCCUAUACUGGGUUGCGUUUUAUAGGGUCUAAAGCGAGUGGUGCCAUUUUUACUGUCAUACAGAAUUUCUUUAUAAUUCUUCUCUAACAUAUGCUCUAACCUUCCCUAUCGCAGAAAGUAAAGAUGAAAGAUCUUCCUAUUACACCUUCCUCAGACGAUGCCAAUUUCUCACUUAACAAUAAUGCUCUCCUUCCCAAAUCUAAUCCCUCUCUUACCCAAAAUGCUUUCAAAUCAAAAGAUGUUUUAAAAGGAGAUAGUUCUAUAAAUGAUUUAGAAGUCGAUUCUGGCACAGAAAAUGAGGCAGCACUUAUUCCCAGGGUAUCCAUGUUGAAUUUCGACGAUCUGCUAACAGAUGACGUUGUUUCAUCAUCUACCGCAAUGUCUACUUCAACUGCCAGCGCAAAUAACAAAGAUGGCGAUGAUCGCGAAACUGUAUCCUCCUCCGGAAUCUAUUCGGGACCUAGCAGGUAUUGUCAAGUUUCUCCUUGCUCCGAUUCGUCUAAGGACUCCUCCUCUUUUAAUAGCGUGAUCGAUAUCAGUCGGGAUAACGAAUCAUCGUCUAACAGGGAUGAACUGCGGAACGAUAUGAAUCUGAGAGGAAUCAAGGAUUUUAAUAAAGGGAUCAACGGAAUAGGCGAUGCGUUGAAUAAGGGAGGAAUAGGUGGAGCGAUGUCGAAAGUUACGAAAGAUAGAACCAACAUUUACGAUAGUAAUCAAUCCAUGAUGUCUUCAUCCGUUUCUUCCUAUUCCUUGAGGUACCAAGAUGCGGAUAAAGUCAAUUGCAACGGCUUGGAAUACGAUGAUUUGAAGAGAGGUUAUGAGAAGAAAUUAAGGGACAAGGAUUCCAUCAUAUCCGAUAUGAGAGACGAAAACAGGAGAGAAAGCGUGAAACUGAAACAAAGGUACGAACAAGAACGAAUAGAGUUGAAUCUAUACGCCGAAGAACAAAAGAGGUUGUACACUGAUGCACUAGCCCAAGCCAAGGAAUACAAAAGAGAUUUGCAAGAUAAAAAAUGGCAAUUGGAGAUGAUUCAGAACGAUAUUACGACCAACAAGGAUUCCUGCAAUCUGCUGCAGAGGAAAAUAGACUUGCUUCAGAAGGAAUUGACUCAUGUUAACGAGGAAAAGGAUAAAGUAUCUAAGCAGAAAAAGUUUAUGGAAAACGCUUUGUACGAAUGCGAGAGUGAGAUGGCCGAUAUAAAAUCUUCCCGCUUGGCUCUUCAAUCAUCUCAAACGUCACUAAAAUUAGAGUUUCUAAACGUACAGGAUGAGAUCUCCAACAGGGACGAACAAAUAGCCGAAUUAGAGACCAAAAUGGCGGCCUAUAAACACGAAAACUCUAAUCUAAUUAAGGAAUCCCAAACUUUGAAGGAUGAAGUAGAAGAAAAGGAUAUAGGGAUUGCGUCCCUGAAACGAGACAAGGAAGACAUGGACAGUCGGUAUAGGCAGUUAGAGAUGUCAGCCAAUGAAAUGGCUGGAUUUAGGAAGAGAGCUAACGAAUCGGAAAUCAAGUGCAGGGAGUUGACCGAAGAGCAUUACAACAAGGAAUACAGGCUAAGGGAGAGGAUAGAAGAAAUCGAGUACGAAUUGGAGUGUUCGCAAAAUUCCCUCCGCAAUUUGCAGGAAACCGUCGUGAUCGAAAAUAGCGAGCUCAAGAAAAAGAAUUCCGGACUGGAGGAAAAAUUGGAGGAACAAAAGAAAAAGGCGUUUCAAUCUGAACUAAAAAUGCAAGAAUUCCAGUCGCAGGUUAAAACUUGUCAAAGGCAAAACAAUAAGCUGGAAGAAAAACUGGAUUCCGUCGAAAUUAAUUACCACGCACUCCUCAAGCAAAAGAACAAACGUCAGGUAUUCAACGAUACACCUUUUCAAUACAAUUCCUAUAUGGGACUUGGCCCGGAAGAUUAUAAUAAUUACGGGAUGAUGAAUGAUAUGGGAAUGGGUACGAUGGCAAAUGGCAACGGAAGUGUAAGAGGAAGUACAGCUCUCAGAAACUAUCCUAGGCAUGUCAAUCGAAGAUACCUGAGUAGCACUAACGUCAGUAAUACACCCGUCAACGGUGCUUGGGAAAGACAUUACGAAAAUGGUUACUCAAACGAUCCGGAUGGCUAUUAUGAAAAUGCGCAAUUUCCCAACGAACGUUACAUGAAUGAAGAUUUGGCACAAGGAUGGAAUGAUAAUUCCUUCAAACGACACGCGGAUAGGAAUUCUAGAGGAAUCGACGAGAUCGAAACUUAUACCGACGAAUUUGGUUUCGAAAGACCCGUUUUCAAGAACAAGCCUAAAAAUUGUUCUACUAAGUCAGAUGCUGUCGACAAUCCCGGAUGUAGCCCUUUAUCCAAAACCCGAAAUAAUACUCACGCGGAUCCCUCUCCUCUAUUUCCGGUUCAUUUAAACGAAAAAAAUCAAAAUAACAAACGGUUAGAACAAGAUUACGAUUCUGAACAGGAGACCAUCACGCAAUAAAACGGAAUAUUUUUCUUUUCUUAUUUAAAAUGUCUUUCUAUUCUUUAUUUUUUCUCCUUUGUUUUUCUAUAAAAUCUUCAUUUUUUUUUGCUGCAUUUUAUAACACGAUUAUUUUUAAAAAUUUUUUUAUUCUAAAACCGCGAAAUUGCGAAAUACAUUUUUUGGGAUCUCGGGGGGAUGAUGGCGUUUUGUUUACAAUAAGCCUCUUUUUUAAAAAAUUUAUGAAAAAAAUCGUAGAUUUUUUUUUGACAGGGCCAAGAUAUUUUUUUUUUCUAAUAAUUUCUUUCUAAAUUUUGGUCUUAAACCUUUUUUAAAACUCCUUUUAAAUCUUUUGGCAGAAUUACACAAUCUUUUAAAACGAUGGAAUAAAAAACAAACAUCAAAAACGUCGAAAAAAUGUAUAUUUUGACGAAAAAAAUGAUAAUUUUGCCGAAAAAAAACGAUUCAUAUUAGUAAUACCUCGUUCUAACUCAAUAAAAUCAGCUACGAAUUUUAUCGCCGAAUUCGUGACAUGAUAUAUUAUAUAAACGCAAAAUUUGUUAAAAAUUUUAAUAGCGUAUAACUCUUGGACACCUAAAUUCAGAAAAAUAAUUGGCUAGCAAAUUUCAUUGAGAUAGAACGGGGCUAUAUAAUAAAUACUGGCUUCAUCGCUAUCUUAUGACCUGAAGGAAAUAGUAGGCAUAAUUUAUCUUUGCGAUCAAGGAAGUGACAUAAAAAUAUUUCCUUUUUUAAUGUUUAUUUUCAUUUUUCACUUUUUCUUCCUUUUUUUCUUUUUUGUCAUAUUUUUAUAUUUAUUUUGCAUUUAUAAUUUUAAUUUUUUUGACGUCAAAUAUCAUUUGUAUAUUUAUUUUUAUUAAA